AACCACCACGACUCGAGAAAGAUGGAGAACCCAGGAUCGAUCGCAAAACUGGAAAACCAUAUCAACAAUCUACAAUCACUCCUCCAAUCCAUCUCAACCAUCAGAUACCAAUCACUACCCAGUCUUAUCAGCAACUUACAGAAACCAAUCCAAGCCUGCGAGCCAAACCAUAAUCAACCAAGCACAUCCACUGAGCAACUCAAGGAGGUCAAAGACAACUGGAAAUCAGACUCACAAGAACUCAUCAAUCAGAUCAAGACCCUACGCCAACAGGCUUCCAACUCCGAAGAGGCGAUGAAAUACCUUCGGGCGAAAACACAUAUCAAUAAUAGUCUGACCCCUGAAGAGAAGGCGAAGGCGUUCCAUGAGACCUAUCUGAUCAACCAAAAGUUCAAACAGGAAGCCAUCCAGAAAUUCAAGUCCAGAUCAUCACUAUCGUCGAAGAGAGUCAAGACGACCGAGCCGACCAUCCACCAGGAUAUCAUCCAAGCCGAACUACUCAAGCGGAAGAAAUUGAUACUCCUCAAGCGUCGGGCUUCCUCCUUCCCGACUAAACCUUCUGUCCCUGUUAUCAACUUGCAGGAUUGUAUCCAGAGAAUCAACCGUCUAGACCCUCUCUCCGCUCAUCUCGUCUUCGUAUCUCACAAUCAGAUCUUGGUCAAGGACGUCAUGAGAGCCUUCCUCGUCUUCAAACCUCGUUCCCCUCAACACGUCGAAAGAGUCUUCUGUUUCGGCCUCACAGAAUCUCCGACAACUACUUUUCAACGAUCGUCGUUCGGCUUGAUUCGGUCGAUUAACAGAUGUAUCAAUCACUGGAUCAACCAACAUGCCCAAUCGGAUCGCGACCCAACCUCGUCCAAUCUCUGGCUCAUUUGUUCGCUAUUAUCAAGUUAUAAGGAUUUUUUCAAGACAGAAAUCAGUGUACAAUCCAGAGCAGGAAAUACAGCUACAGCUAAUCCCAGACCGACGCAGCUCCAUCCCCCUCACCCAUACCAACCACCCAGUGCAUCAAGACCAACGACGAAGCAAGUCCAGAUCAACCGGGACAACACCCAGUCAUUCCUGACAUGGAGAUGCUGGAAACUUGACCCUGCUAGCAUCGAUAAGCUCAUUGCUGCCGAUCAGUCUUCCCCUCCUCCUGCUGUGGAUGGGCAAACUGCAAACCAGGACCAGCAGAUGAACCUUGCCGAUGAUCCGGCCUCUCGUCCUGCGGUGGAUCCGCUGCAAGAACUCUUUCGUGGUGGUUAUUGGGCGAAGAUCCCGGAAAUCAAUUGAUUCUCAAGCUUGUCUCAUUAUCUCUUGUCCUUUGUUUGUCAACAACUGAAAAUGGAGUUAUUUGGAAGGCUUUACUCUUCUUUCAUUAUUCUCUCCUAACUUUGUAUUCUUACUUUUUUUUGUUUAGUUUAAUUGUGUCAUUACCAAUGUUGAGUCAAUUUGACUUCACCCACCAAAACUAUAAGAUGAGAGAUACUCUAUACAUUUCUUGUCAACUUUUCUAUGGACUUUAUGACAGACAAAGUCAUCCAGUUUUUAUCAUUUGUUGAAUUAAAAAAUGUGUGUUUCCUUAUACUCUCUUAACCUCAGACAUCAUU